UUCAGUUUCGUUUUCAGUCUCAUCCAGGCUGGAAUUGCGGCGAUGAACGCGACUAAAAUACACUAGAAAUCCGGUGUUCAACCCGACGAAGUUCAAGAAUCAAUACAGUGCGUGAAUACUCUGAAGGGGUUGCACGGUGGUGUGUGGCAAUAAAUUAGCUGAAAAGUCUGCAGAAUGAUGCAGUAGUGAUUACAUUUUUGUUCUUCUUCGUCCGGUGCCAUUGCGCGUAAUUAGGUUCGCUCCUUCGACUUCUACUUCGGGUACUAAUUGAUACGGCGCAAAUAUGCAAGCCGAGAAGACGGACAAUGAAACUGAGAAAAACGACACGAAGAUAGAGCAGAACGAUGCUCAGGCGGAGAAAAGCGACGCUGAAGUUGAAACGAAAGUGGAGACGAACGAUGCAAGUAAGAAGUCAGCCGAAGAAACAGUGACUAACAAAGCAGCAAAUUUGAAGAUCGAAGACGAAAGUGGAAGUUCGGCGCCUAGCAGUCCCAGUGCCACGCAGCCUGCAAGCUUUUUGGCAAGCUUUAAGGCGUUUUCGAAAUUCGGUGACCCAAAAAGCGACGGGAAACUGAUCACGUUGAGUCAGAGCGACAAAUGGAUGAAACAAGCGAAGGUGAUCGAUGGAAAGAAGAUCACUACCACUGAUACGGGCAUUUACUUUAAGAAACACAAAUCAAUGAAAUUGGGCAUUGAACAGUACAAAGCGUUUUUGGAAGAACUGGCUAAAAAUAAGAAGGUUGACUUAGCAGAGAUGAAGAAGAAAAUGGCCAACUGUGGGCCACCCGGAGUUACCGGUGGUGCUGUAGCGGGCAAAGCGGCUUCCACAGUGGACAGACUCACAGACGUCAGUAAAUACACAGGCUCUCAUAAACAACGUUUCGACGAGAGUGGUAAAGGCAAAGGAAUCGCUGGUCGGAAGGACCUGCCCGAUCAGUCCGGCUAUGUGCAGGGCUACCAGAAUAAAGACACCUACAAAGCCCACUAGCUUCAGAUUCGCGCGCUUCUGCGAUGUCUUUGACACUCUGUUGUCCCGUCCACGCACUUCAUACGAAACGCUACAUGUCGCGUUCUUGCCUCUUCACGUUCCUCGACUGGCACAAGGAUCUUCCGUUGCAACCUGUUGACACGCAGACAAUCGACAUAAGGAACGACGAUGAUCGGCAAACGCGUUGAGAGCUUUCCUCGAUGAUACCUUUCGGGCGACCCAACGAGGAAUUUCAAGAAUUUCGCUCAAGAUCGAUUUCCUUCGCGACGAACAGCGACUCGGGAAGCUGGUGAUGGUUUAUUUGGACGAUUAUGUUAUCAUAGAUGAUAAUGCAAUUUUGCAGAAUAGUUUACGAAACAUCUGCGAGUUGAGCUAUUUUAACGAAGAUACUUUUUCGUUGCUAAUCUUCUGAAUGCAAUUCCGAAGAUAUUAGAAUAUUCAUAGAUCGUACUGUUCGAAUUUUUGAUGCUACGCUGUGAACGUAGUUUAACUUUAUGUGCCUCAUUUGCUUUGUACUUUAUUUCACGUCAGUCGGCUCGUCAAUCGGAGCUUUUUCGCUUUUCAUAGGACCAUUUACGCCCGGUCGUGAUGCAAUUUCAAUGCGACUAAUCGUCGCGUUUCUAUCAUUGCUUCUCUGUACGAUUCUCAGUGAAUUCAAAGAGCGUGCGAUUUUAUCGCAAUAGGUUCGUUUAAAUCGAUCAUCCAGUUGGGACGAUAUGAGAACGAUAUAAAUUCUAUCCUAUUUUCAUACUAUCGUAGUUACGUUUCGCAUGGUUCCGAUUUAAUAUACCUGACUCGCAUUUCUUUUUUCUUGUACAUAUUGUACAACAGUUCGACAGGGUCGCAAGUACAAAUACUAUCGCUCGGUUUUCCUCGGUUUAUCAAGCGCGUGUUCGAUCGAAAGUUGAAAAGCUACUCGUCAAGGCAUUAGUUGGCAGAUACUCAAACUUCGAAAUUUCUUUUCUACGCUGUUCUGAAUCGUAGAUAGUAUAUGACACAGCAUGGAAACUAUAACAGUGUAGAUUUACGCUAAUGCUAGUCAGAAUUAGUCGAAGUUUAUCGAGAAUUUACGAAAAUUACUGGAACGACGAAAUCGAAGUUGCAGAGCAAACAAUUCUAAUUUCUUCUAUUAGGUUGAGUAAUGAGCUUACGUUGAGCGUUACUACAUUCGUAUAACAUUUAUCUACAAUCAAGGAAUAACUUUUUUAUCCUGUUUCUCUAUAUAAAAAUAUAUAUCUUUCAUAAAAAUACGCGUAUCUUUACAUUCUGCGAACAUUUUUGUGAUAUUCUUCGAAACGUUCUAAAAUACAUACGCUAGGCAGAGGCGAACGAACUUAUUACCAAACUCAACGCUUAAGUACUCGUACGUGCGCAUGUAUACUCUCUGCUAUCCUCUUCGAGGAUCAUCGCGCGGGUUUUUGGUGCAAAACUACUUUUUUAGGGCCCUCUUGCAUAAUAAUUUACUAAAUAAUAAUAUUCAUAAAUCGACUAGUUACAAGUUUCAAGUUAUACGCCACAAAUUUCCUUUUCUACAGCUUUAUAAUUUUUCAAACGUCAAAUAAGAUAAAAAAUUCACUUAUGAAAGCUUUCGUUUCUUUUAUCAGCAAAUUUAUUAAUAUUAUACUUGCAAUGAUAUUUAUUAGACUGCGAUUUUUUAUUAAUUAGAGCACUUGUUACAAUUUGUAAUAGGCGAAACAAAUCCCUAUAUAAAUUCUAUUUCUUUAAAUGUGUUCAGACGAACAGAAAUUUGUAUAGAAAUUCGCAAUUCGUGUAAUAUGGCAGAGUAAUUUGUAUAAUUUGACUAAUAACAUUGGUUCAAGUGUGUCAGAUUGUGAAACCGUAUAUGUACAACGUGUAUAUGGUCGACACGAAAGGUUGGAGUAUACGAUGGAAUCGUGAUUGCAUUAAUGUGAUUAUGCGAAUUUCGAGAUAUUUAUGGUUACAUACACAUUAAUCGAAUUAAAGUGUACUUAAAAGAUGACCGCCUGGCGCGCAAUGGCGGUAAGACCAAAAUCCGUAACUCUCUCUUGGUACUAAUUCUCCGAGAUAUUUAAAUGAAAGUCACCGUUUUCAAUUUGGAGGUACGACUGUGGAAGCGAAAAGGUACUUUUUUUUAUUAACGGGUAUUUAAAGAAUAUUGGAACAAAAAUAUUAUUUAUUCUAUGUUACAUCCUCAGAAAAAUACUGAAAAGAUUAUCGUUGAUUUAAUACUGUAAUAUAUUUGUUCUUUGUAUUCUUUAUAUGAAAUUUAUCUUGAAAAAUUCUUUGCAAUUUUGUUUUCAAUUUAGAAAAUCAUCUCGCUUUCACAAGAGUGCCAUCGUCGUAUCUGUAAAGCACUUUACGAGUUCUCUUUAAUCGAUGAAUGUACACUGUACACUUAUUUAAGCCAUUUAAGGGACAACGUACCUCGAUGGAUGCUCUUCUAAUUUUAGAAGACUUCUGAUCAUUCGAUAUAAUAAAGGCAAGUUGAAGGAA